GUUAAUUCAAGUGUAGAACACGUAACGAUGCAAUUAACCUAUGGCCUUGACGCCCCUGCAACCACUCAGUACACAUUAAAAGUAUGGGGCAGCAAUGAGUAUUUAGUGCCUACGACAUUCCUUAGUGACUACGAGUACGUGCAUGACUGUAUCAAGUUGGACGAAGACGUCAUUUUAAUUUUGAUUCCGGAUUCCAAAAAGGACAAAUCAUUUGCACGAACGGUUGCAGAUGAUAACGAUGACGAAACAUUGAAGUUCGAAAACAUAAUUCCAAAUGAUUCCAAUGUCCGUAUUACUUACGAAAAGUUGAAUAUAUUACUUGAAACUGUAGAAAACGAAAUGAGAAAAUUAGAAGAUGCCUCUGUACAAGUAGAAAAAAAUACUACCCCGUCUGUGAUGCCUGGUAUUCAGCCUUUAAACGUAAUUCAAUCAGUAAAAUAUAUCGUUAAUUUAAUGGGAGAUUUGUGUACUUUAGAUAUUAUGAAUACGAUAGAAGCUUUAGAAGAAACAUGUAGGAAUUUUUUACCCUCAAAUAAAACGACUUUUUCCGAGUUUAUUACUAACCAUUGUAACAAAAUUCGCUUUGCUGUUCAAAAUUUGAUAGAAAUGUACUGCCAAGCAUUUUCUGUGGACUUUGAAGUAAAAAGUACUUCUUCUAAUGAAUCUAUGAGAUACGUUCACGAUAUUAUGGACUCAGUAGUUGUGAGGAUAUGUGCUAUAUAUCGACCUUCAUUUGAAUGGGAGCAUGAGGAAUAUACUGUCGCUGCUCAAAUAUAUCACGGAACAAAAAAGAUCGGUAAAUCUUUAUGUACUCAACCUACACGCAAAUAUGACAGAGAUAAAUAUUGGCCUGCGAGAAUUGUAUUUGAUCAUUGGUUAGAAUUUGAAGAUGUGCCAAUAAAUAGUUUGGCACGCGAAUCUCGUUUAGUUGUUCAAAUAUACGGUAGAACGCUAGUUACGUCAGAUAGCGAAGAAACAAAAAACUCAAGCGCUCCAAUAUAUAAAGAGGAAGAGAUAGGAUGGGCGGCUGUCCAGUUUUUCAAUUAUGAAAGUUCAAUGAACCAAGGUAGCAUACUUCUAUCAAUGUGGCCGAAAGAAUCAAACUAUAUCAACGACCAUAUCUAUGGACCAUCACCUGCGAUGGGCAGUCAUCCGGAUCCUGAACAUUCGUUAUAGGAAUCGAAAUUGUAGCUCCUACCAAAGUUCAAUUUCCUUCUAUGUCACCGGAAUUAUACAGUAAUGUUACCAAGGGAGAUUUUUCAAGUUUAGAUAAUGAAACGCAGCAGUUGCUUGUGGACGCAUGUGAUCAAGAUUUGCUCUAUAGAUUUUCGCCAGAAAUUCGAGAAAUUUUGUGGGAGAAGCGCCAUUAUUUGUAUCACCUUCCAACAGCUCUUCCAAAGCUGUUGCUUGCCGCACACAGUUGGGAGUAUGUCCAGCUUCCAGAUUUACACGGCAUGCUACAUGCCUGGACCCGACUGAAACCCAUACAAGCUUUAGAACUACUUCUGCCAGUAUACCCUGAUUUGGAGGU